UCCGGGGCUUCAGUCCAUGGCCGCUCUCAGGUUUUUUUCUAGUUCUACCGAAAAUCGAAACAGCGAUCGUGAGUCGUGAGUACCGCUCUCAGGCUUCUCCCUUCUCUACGGUCGUUUGUGGAUGGUUCACAGCAGAACAUCAUCAUGCCUAAGGAUUUCCAAUCGUUAUCAAAAGGACAAAAAGAUCAAUUAAUUCAGAUUGAAUUAAAUCGUUAUAAAGAUUCAAAAUUGUUGUUACAUUCAACUCCUUUAAACAUAUCGUCUAAUUUAUUAGAUAAAGCGGAAAUUGUUUCCAUAAGUUCUGAUAGUACAUCCUGUGGAAGUCAUACGUCACCCUCAUAUGUAAACGAAAUAAAUGAAUUAAGUAUAGAAUCGCAGUUUGAAACACAAAAUAACGAAGAGCAAGAUAUUGAAAUAAAAUAUAACGUCUCUGAAGUAACAAAUGUUUCUGACUGCACGAAUAAUAUUACUUUACGGGAUGAUUUGCAAACAUUCAUUAUUGAUUGUAACAUAGCACAUGACGCUGCUAGCGAUUUACUUACAAUUUUGAGAAAACAUGGGCAUGUAGAUUUGCCUAAGGAUGUUCGACUUUUGUUUCAAAAUCAACAAUGUUGGCGGCCUCGUACAGUUAAUGGUGCAAAUUGCACAUCUCUUGAAUUAGCUCGAAAAAGUGCAGUUAAUUUAAAUGAUAUGACAACCAAUGAAGGACAAUUAGGCCAAAGAAAAAGACAACAUAUUGUAUACAGUGAUAGCGAGGAAGAACAGCAUAAUUGCCAAUGUAGAAAACAUAUUAAAAGAAAACAGAUUAAUGUGAGUAGUGUUACUACAGUACCAUUGUGUCCUUCAAACGUUCAAAUAAAGAAUAAAUAUGUCAAUGUACCACAAGUUGCAACAUUCAACGAUGCAAGUGGAAAUAGUGCGUACAAAAUUUCGCAAAACGAUAAUAACCCAGUCCCAUCUACAUUUAACGAGAGGCUACAUUCUGAAAUAAGUAAUAUGCCUAUAAUAGUAGAAGGAUAUGAGCAACUUACCGAAACCAUACAGGAUAGUAAUAUAAAAGAAAAGUUGGACCAAAUAUUACGGAUGCAGGCAGCUACAAAUAUUUCAUUGAGAAAUAUUAACCAACGAUUAUAUAAAAUAGAAGAUGCCAUUAAACACAAAAGCACAAAAAGCCCUGUUGAAAUUAAUGACAAUCUCAUCGCACCGUUUUUGCCACUUAAAACAAUAGAAGAGAUAAAACAGUUUGAAUGCUUACUGAGAACGUCAAAUGAGCCAGUAACACAAUUUAAACAGUUUGUAUCAAAAACUGGUGGCAAUAAUGCCAAAGAUCACAUAUACAAAUGUUUAAAAAAAUUAAUAACAAAUGAGUGUGCCAUGAAGUGUUCAUGGAAAGGCUUCCGUAAUAAUUUUCAAAUAUCGAACUUAUAUUCCAUGAAAAUUAUGAAAAAAGAGAUAACAUCGCACUACACAUGUACAGAAUCUGAUUUCGACAACACUACGGCAGAAUGGUUACGUUUUGCAAAUCAAAGGAACAAAAGAGAAAAUCAAGCUAAAGAAAAUAAUGCAAAAUGUAACGAAUGUAAUGAAGAUAACGAAUAUUAAAUAUAUGUAUAAUAUAAUAUUUAUCAAGGUAAAGUUAAGUUCAAAAGAUUUGUUUUUGUAAAAUUUUGAACUUUUGAGACUUCUGAUGACGCUAAAGUAAUUAUGACUGCAGAAUCUAUAAAAUAUAAAGAUACUGAAUUUAUAAGAAAUGGUACUGCAAAUUACAAUGCAGAAAAUACAAGAGAGGAAUAUAGGAAAAAGAAAGUAGAUAAAAGAAAUCAACUACCACACAAAAAAGAGAUGCAAAAAUUAAUGCGGAAUAAACAUUUAUAGGGACAGAUAAUUGUUUAAAAGUAUUUUGAAUUGAUUAAAAGUAAGAAAUUAUUUACUUUU